AAAAAAAAGGAGGAAAAAACACGAAAAGCAAAGAAAAUAAAAUAAAAAAAUAAAAAAAAUAACCGAUCCUGAUUGGAGAGAGGGGGAGAGAGAGAGAGAGAGAGAGAGGAUAGAAGGAAAGAAAACAAUGGGCGAGGUAUCAGAGACGGCGAUGACGACGACGGCCAAGAAGAAGAAAAAGGGUCGACCUUCUCUCUUAGAUCUCCAAAUACGCUCUCUCAAACAACAACAACAAAACCUAAACCAAAACCGAAAUCUACAGCCACAACCACAAAACCCUAAUUCUCUCAAUUUCACCUUCAACCCCAACUCCCGAUCUUCUCGCCGGAAACCAAAUCUGAACGCCUCAUCGCCGCCGGCUCAGGACUGGAUUUCUGGCGUCGGCGGAGAAGAUGACGAUGACGAGCGUAAGGAGAAGAAGCAUAAGCUCUUACUCGGAUUCAAUUCGAAUUCCAAUAGUCACUAUCAGACAUUGUCGCUGAACUCUUUAUCAAUUAAUUCGGUUCCCAACGGCUCUGGUUCGAAUGCCGAUGGCGACGAUCCCGAGGUUGCUUUCAAGAGGCGCAAGAUCAGUCCCGCACAUCAUGGAUCUAUUCAAACGAACCAGAACCAAAAGGUUUUGAUAGCGACAGACAGUAGUAUACAUGGGUCGCAGGUGGAGUCCGGUCCCACGACACCUUUGCCAGACAAAAAGUUGUUGGUGUUCAUCCUUGACAGGCUUCAAAAAAAGGAUACUUAUGAGGUAUUCUCCGAGCCCGUUGAUCCAGAAGAGCUUCCUGAUUACCAUGACAUUGUCGAGAAGCCAAUGGAUUUUCAAACUGUAAGGCAGAAACUUGAUGAGGGAGCCUAUUCAUGCUUGGAAUAUUUUGAGAAAGAUGUUUUCUUGAUAUGUACAAAUGCAAUGCAGUAUAAUGCAGCAGACACUAUCUACUUCCGACAGGCGAGAUCUAUUCAAGAGCUUGCAAAAAAGGACUUUGAGAAUUUGAGGCAAAAUGGUAAUAAUUGCCAACCUCAACCCAAAAGGAGAGGCAGACCACCUGGCAAGAGCCUUAAAAAGUCAAUUGAAAGGUCUCCUGUUGAUUGUGUUGGUCCUGAAUCUCUGUCAGAUACAACUCUUGCUUCUGGAGGUGAAAAAGCAAACUGGUCCAACACUUACAAUUUAAGAAAAGGAUCUACUACAUGCAAGUUGAGGGCUGCUGAUGCAUUAAAUGGAGUCUCUCAUGGCUCUCUAAAUGGCGAAACUUGCACUAGCUGGUUUUCCGAAUGGGAGAAUGAAUUUCCAGCUUCAGUAUUGAGGAGUGUGAUGAAGUAUGGAAAGAAACAAUUUCCUGUUGAUGAGAACAGACGUGACACUUAUGGGCAUACAUUGGCUGCUGGACAUGUGCAAACGAUUUUAGAUGCCCUUGAAGGAGAAUGGAAGGAACUAAUGCCGGUAGGUCCUUACUUGGAAUAUGGUUAUGCACGAAGCCUAGCUCGUUUUGCUGCAGGUCUUGGACCUACUGUUUGGGAGAUUGCUUCAAAGAAAAUUGGAAGUGUUUUGCCAAUUGGAAUAAAGUUUGGUCCUGGAUGGAUAGGUGAAGAUGAGACAUCACAGCAGCAGCAAUCGUUAUUUUCCAAGAAGUUUUUAUCUGAUCCCAUGGCAGACGACCAUAAAAGCAGGCUUCUAUCUCCAAGUCCAUCGGUCUCAAAUUCAGUUGCUGUAAAUGGGUGCUUUUUGCAAAGUAGAGAAGACCCAAAUACUACUAGAAGAUUAAAUACCCACAAUGAGUCGGCUUCACUUGACAGUAAUAUUAGCCAUUGUAUAACAACACCUUUGCCUCCUUUCCCCCUCCACCAGGAUUUUAUAAUUAAUUCUGGGGUCAAUGGUUUACAGAGUGGGAAUGUGGCUUAUGCUCUACCUCAAAAGGGAGUGUUCAAACCUGCAGCUGCUGAAAUGCUUGGCAUGGUUUCAUCAAGCAACACUACUAGUUGUCACCCAGUGCCUAGGAAUGAUAUUGAUUCAAAUGAAGCAAAGUUGUCAAUAACCACAAAUAGAUCAAAUCCCGGGAAUAUGUUACCGCUUGGAUCAAGCCUUGACUUACAUAGAGCACCCCAACUGGGGAUCGGUGGGGAAGGAUCUUGGCAGCCGCAACUGUCUAUGAACCAUACACAGGAUUUUUAUCAUUUGGCCUCCGACCUGAAUGUCAGAUUUCAGGCACCGGGUUCACCAGGUUCCAUUGUGCAGAUUGGUUCUCCUCAGCAGCCAGACUUGGCGUUGCAGCUAUGAGGAAUGAGGAUGGGCCAGUUAUAAGUUUUGCUGAUUGAGCUGAGUUGAAAAAUUCUUUCAAAUGAAGGGUGUUUCUGAAUGAAUUGUUAACUUCGAAGGGUAGGGAAAAAAAAGUUUUGUACAGAUAUAUUCUUCAAUUGUUUAUGUUAAAACCGUGGCAUUUGUAAUCCAUGGGGAAUAUGCUGUUGAAAGAUUUAAUUAAGAAAAAAAAAAUUUGUAAGCA